AUGGCGGAGAAAGGGGAGGUUUUGAAAUGGUUGCACUUGAGGUGCCAUGAGGUCCAUGGCAAGAAGAUGCCAUAUGACGAGCGAUACACACAAUAUAUCAAGAAGACCGGACUUCUCCCUUUCGUGCACCUUGUGUCCCGGUCGACGCCGCAUAUGAACCCAUGCGCGAUCACGGCACUAGUUGAUCGAUGGAGACCGGAGACACAUAGUUUCCACUUGCCUUGUGGGGAGAUGACAGUGACUCUGCAAGAUGUUUCCAUGAUCUUGGCACUUCCUAUCAAAGGGGAGCCUGUGUGUCGUAACACAUCUUCUGAUGGAUGGCGUGAAGCGAUGAGGGAUCUCAUUGGGAACGCGCCGACGAGGGAGAAGAUGUCUGCUGGUGCUCCUUAUUCUUGGAUCCAAAGGAACUUCAAGAAGUGCCCUGAGGGCACCGAGGACGAGGUGGUUGAGAUGUAUGCUCGGGCGUACUUGUGGUAUGUUGUGAGUAGGGUUCUUUUCUCAGACGGCACUGGAUCGAAUGCCUCCUUCAUGUGGCUCCAGCUAUUUGCGGGUUGGGAACAUAAUCUCAGUGGGGGAACAGCGGCACUCGCUUACUUGUACCGACAGUUGGACGACGCGUGUUGCAAAACAGGAAAAGGAGCAAGUAUUGGUGGUUGUAUGCUUCUAUUGUCCAUAUGGUCGUGGUUGCGCUUGCCAGUUGGCCGUCCCAUUGAGAUGCGCCGGAAUGAUUGGAAUGAUCAUAGAGACCCUUUACGUUUUCCUACCGCGGCGUACAUAUGGGACAAUACUGAACCUUUCCAUGGUGAAUCUAAGGAAUGCUACAUGAGGUACAUCAGCCAACUCGACGCUCUUACCCCGGAGAAGGUGACAUGGGAGCCCUAUGGAGAGCCCGGGAGUAUUGCUCGACAUAUAUUGUUUAGGUUGAACCCAAAGUGUCUAGAAGAAGCACAUCUUUGGCGGAUGACUUGUCCGUUGAUAUGCUUUUAUGCAGUUGAGUACCAUCUACCAGAUCGGGUGAUGAGACAGUUUGGUUUGUUCCAAGAGACCCCGCCGCCAUGGAAGGACACUAGAAUAGAGUUGCACGGGCGUGAGUCCUUCAUACAUAACAUAUUCAUGACCUACUGA